CCCCCGGUUUCAGUUGCAAUGUCUUAAAACUCUCUCCUCUAUCUCUCUCUCCGAUCUCGUAUUUCUAUAUCCCCGCCGUUCCUCCUUCCGACCUCGAAGAUAACGCUGACAUCCGCGAAUCGAUACAUUUAGUGUAAGAUUGACGGCAAACGGGCGGGAAAAUUGUUGCUGUAAGGUAGAAAUCAGCUCAGUUUCCGACAUUAUUCGCCGAUCAUUUCCGAUGAUCGGUAGCUGAGAUCCCUCUUCUUACCGUUGGGGUGGAAAUCAAAACAUCCAGAUUUUAAAGGUGAUUUGGAUAUAGUCAUAUGGACGAUCAUUCUACAAAACUUACCUCAGGGGUGGAAAGAGAAGAAAAUGAGUUCAACACUUCUACUUUACCAGAUCAACCAUAUGACUCUCCCCAUCAGCGGAUAGGUGUGGGUAUUCAAAAGGAGGGAGAAGACCGGAGUGCUGUGGAUAAGGACAUUCAGCCUAAUGGUUUGCAAAACCAAUUGCAACAAAGUGCAGUGGAUAAGGGUGGCCAGUCUAAUGGUUCACAACACCAAUUGCAAGGUGCUGUUGAUAAGAACAGCGAGUCUGAUGUUGCCCCAAAUGCAUUGCAAGUGGCGCUUUAUGAUCCUGCUGCUAACAGUAUGGGUGAUGUUGAAGCAGUUCCUGAUCCGAACGAGUACCAAACCCCACCUAACCGAAGCAUUGUCAACUCUGAACGCUCUUAUAGAGCAGUGCCAACUGUAGGGGCUUUUACAGUCCAGUGUGCCAACUGCCUGAAAUGGAGGCUCACUUCAAAGGAGAAGUACGAGGAAAUACGUGAACAUAUUUUAGAGCAGCCUUUUGUGUGUGAAACAGCUCGUGAAUGGCGCCCUGAUGUAUCAUGUGAAGAUCCAACUGACAUUUCUCAAGAUGGCAGUAGACUCUGGGCAAUUGAUAAACCUAAUAUUCCUCGGCCUCCUCCUGGGUGGCAGCGGCUUUUAAGGAUCAGAGGUGAAGGAGGCACCAAGUUUGCAGAUGUGUAUUAUGUUGCACCAGGAGGCAAGAGACUCAGAUCGACAAUUGAGAUUGAAAGGUACUUGCAGGAAAAUCCAGUGUACAUGAAGCGUGGCGUCAAUGUGUCGCAAUUUUCAUUUCGAACACCAAGUCCCUUGGAUGAAAACUAUGUGAGGAAGCGCCGUCGCUCGAACGAACCUUUUGACGUUGAGCCCAUUUCCAUUGCUCCUCCGUCCGUUCCAGAUGCAAACACAGACUUGCAGCUUGCUGUGGUGCCAGCGCUUACUCCAUAUUUUGAUGCUUCAUCAUCUGGAGCUGUUGGCAGGCCUCAUAAGAAGAUGAGGGGAGGCCCUGCGGAUCAGAUGUUCGCUAGUGCACCUGAUCUCUAGGUCUUUCCUUGUCCCCUUUUUGGUAAUUGGCAUUUUACCAUGGUACAUGACAUCUCGUUCCAUCAUGGAUUCAACUUCCCUUUUCUCCCCUUCUCCCUCUUUAUGUACUUAUAAUGAAGAGAUAAAAUGUUGACUGUGGUUUGGGUUUUAUAUAUACAUAUAUAUAUAAGAAAGUCUAUACAUUUUAGUUUAUAUUGAA